AUGGUCACGGAGCAGCUGGGCCGUGCGCUGAACGCUCUCCGCAACGUGCACAUCCAAGCCUGGUACGAGGCCAACGGCAGCAGGGCCACGGCCGCCGUACGCACGGAGAGGACUUCUGCUGGCCGGUCGUUCCCCCGCGACGGCGGGGAGCAAGAGGGACGGGCCGAGACAUCGGACGACAGAGCUUUCUCGGCGCCCUCCAGCAGUGACGAGAAGGAGGGGGGGGCGGUCUCGCCGCGGGGUACUACCGCGCCCCCCGUCGUGACAGCAUCGUCCCCGGCCGUGCAGCCCAGGAGGCAGCAUUCUUCCCUCCGAUCCGAUGCUGCUGCUGCUGCUGAUAAUGAUGGUGGUGGUUCUGCUGCCGCCGGCGGCGCUGGUGCAGGACCGGUGGCGAAGAAUCCUCUUCGAGAGAGUCUGCGGCGGGAAAAACACCACCAACGGCAGCAACACCAAGACUACAAAUCGUCCAGGGAGAACGAAUUCAAGGUCCUGGACUCUCCCCAGACCGCUGCCGUGACGAGCGCUGAUUCCGCACCGUCUUCCAAAGGGCCGCGCAAGUCCCGCAGCAACUCCUUGCCGUCAGAAGCUGAUGAUGCGGUAGCAGCGUCCACAGCUGGGACGGUCGGCGGCAACGACGGCAAACGCAAGCGCCAAUGCCAGGAAAGUCAACCCCCCCGAUCUCCUUUACCCGCACCUCUUUCUUCGGCUCGCGUCGGCGGAGGCGGCGAUGAAAGAAGAGGCUACAGAGCUGGGCUAGAGACAAUGGCUGCGGGGAGCACCGAGCCCGCGGAAGCGGGGGAGGGUCGUCAAAUCCACUACCAGCGCGGCGAUGAUGCCACUGUCCUGGGGAGGGAGGUGAAGCGGGCGAAGAAAAGGAUGGAGGCCGAGCACGCCGUCUUGCUGGCCGACCGGGACUCGACAAUAAGCCAACUGUCUGGCGAGGUGACAAAGAGAACCGAUGAGAACGCUUUGCUGCUGGUCGCGCUCGACUCCGCCGUCAAGGAGAUGGCAACCCGCCUCUCCUCCAAGGCCUCGGCUUGGGCGCCCAUGACAGCGCGGGGGCGGCGGGGGACAGGGAGCCGGAGGGAGGUGCUCCAGUUGAGCAUCGCCUUGGCCCGUCAGCGGCAGCAGCAGCUUCAGCAUCUCAAGGCACUUCAGCAGAGAUAA